AUGAAUGAAAAAAAGUCUGUAAAUCAACAAUUUGAAUUAAACUUCAAUAUUAUUUACACGUUGCACAGACUUUUAGUUUUCAUUUCAUUGAAAUUAAAUGAUGCAAAACAUUUCAAACUAAUCGGCAGUGGAAAAGAUGAAAACAAGCUUUUAAAACAUAUGAAGGAAGAUAUUUGCAAAUUAUCUCAAGUGGUUAUGUGA